AUGGGUGGGUCAAAUGAGAACAAUCCUGGUCUUUUUGUGCCUUUAAACCUUCAAGAAGGAACAAGAAUGGGGAAUUCGAAGUUUGCGAAGGACAUGGGGCAGAAUCAAAGGAGGCCCUUAAGCAGCAUCAAUCAGAACAUCAUUGGGGCUGCCCUCUACCCAUCUGUGGUUAACGAGAGAGAUAAAUCAGGGGACAUGGCAGCAGAAAUGGAAACUGAAAAAUCUACCACAUUGGAGUUGAAGCCAAGUAGCUAUGAAGACUGUUCAAUAAUAGAAGUGGAAGAGUAUGAUGGUGCUGCGAUACCGAUGUUCGUGAAGCACACAGAGGCUAUGCUAGAUGAAAUUGAUAGGAUGGAGGUUGAAAUGGAGGAUGCAGAGGACUCCAUUGUGGAUAUUGACAAUGGCGAUUUGAAAGAUCCAUCGGCAGUUGUUGAGUAUAUAGAUGAUAUCUAUGCUUACUACAAGAAAACUGAGGGCUCUGGCUGUGUCUCUCCAACUUAUAUGGAUCGUCAAUUUGACAUCAACCAGAAGAUGAGGGCUAUCCUUAUCGACUGGCUUAUUGAGGUCCACUACAAAUUUGAGCUUAUGGACGAGACAUUGUUCCUAACCAUCAAUCUUAUCGACCGGUUCUUGGAGCGUUGCACGGUGGUCAGAAAGAAACUACAAUUGGUUGGUGUGACAGCAAUGCUAAUAGCAUGCAAGUAUGAGGAGGUCUCAGUCCCAGUAGUGGAUGAUUUUGUGCUGAUAUCAGACAAAGCUUACACAAGGAAAGAAGUCCUUGAUAUGGAGAAACUAAUGGUGAACACUUUACAAUUCAACAUGUCUUUGCCAACCCCUUAUAUGUUCAUUAAGAGAUUUCUCAAGGCAGCUCUAUCUGACAUGAAGCCUCUUCCAAACGAUAUCGAUUUGCUGAACCCACCAGCAGAGCUUGAGAAGAGGAAGCAUAAGCUCAAGCGUCUUGUUCAGUCCCCAAACUCUUUUUUCAUGAACUACUGUUUUCAGUCACUCGCAAACUGUCGUAGUGUGUGGGAACUGCCAGACAGUGUUGUGCCAACCAACAGGGGGCGUGCCAAGCUUACAGAGGGGUGUUCUUUCAGGAAGAAGAGCGAGUGA